AUGUCCACGCUACAACGCUCACGAUCACUUCGAAAACCUCCUUCUUCCACCACAACCACUGCGACUGCUAAUGCUAAUGCGAACCCCCCAGACGGUUCACCGAGUCGCCUUCCUGUAAAGCCCUUGACUAGAAGUGCGACGACGUCUAGCAAUGCGAGAACAUUGAGAAAUGGAACAACCACAGGACUCUCCAGGGCAACGUCUGUUAGACAGCCUGCUAAACCAGUAACAUCUGAGCCUGCGAAGAGGGAAACUCGAUAUCCCCCCUCAACCACGACUACAAGACCUCGACCAGCGGUGAGACCGACCUCGGCAGAUGGCCCGACUCAAAUAACUAGAAAGGCACCUGCUCCUACGCAUACGCGCGCAAAGAGCACUGCCACUGGCUUGAGAAAUGCGCCAGUCUUGAGACCUCCUUCUUCUGGUUCGUCAGCUAGCAGCACCACUACCACAACAACGACCACUCGUCCUACUCGGUCGUCGACUACUUCCACCAACGAGAAGCUCUCGGGCGCCGCACCACGCCUUCGUCCGGCCUUCUCAACUCUCCAGCAACACUACUCACCAGCCAAGUCCUCUGCGCCCAAACCACUGACGUCAACAUUCCUCGCUCCGCCAUCACCGUCUAAGCUUCCGGCCAAUGUCGCUGCAUCCGCCGAGACAAGUCGGUUACAAACCGAGCUUCUGCAACUUCAUCUUUUGCAUCGAGAUGCACCGACUGUCGAUGCUACCUGGAGGGCUAGUGCCCAGCGCAAACUUGGGGAGCGAUUUUCAGAGCUUGCUAGCGCCAGCAAACAGAUUGAUGACCAGGAGAAGGCAGAGGUUGAGAGGGAGAACAUCCUGGCACUCCGUAAGUGGGCUGUUGGCGGUGGUCUGGAAGAGCGCAUACAAAUCCUAGAUGCAGCCAUAGCUGGUCUAUGGGCGCUGGAGGAACCCGGUGGUCGUUAUGCUAGGGUCGUCAGGCGAUUUGAACGAUGGGUUGAUCGCAUGUGCGAAAUCGAAGAAGCGAGACGUGCAGGCGGAGCUCUCAUCCAGGAGAACGACGUGCUGUUUAUUGGCGAACUUGAUUCUGCAUGGAAGGACGAAUGCGCUGGCUUGGUACGACGAUUGGAUACCAUAAAGCGACAGCUCGAUCAAUUGGGGGAUUUUGCCGGUGAUGACCAAGAGGGAGAACCCAAAGAUCAAUCAAGUCUGCAUCGCAUGGUAGAAGGGUCGAGGGAGCUUGUGCAGGGCAUGCUGACUGAACUGGCUGUCAUGGACGAUAUUGAGCGGGAUGCGAUUGCGCGUGAAGAUGAGUGGAUUGAGAGAAUGAACCGAGACGAUGAAUUGGAAGAUACCCCAAGAGCCGGAGCAGUUUGGAGAGCUGUGUAA